AUGGAGUUCAUGGCAGCCGUCCAAGGCGGCUACGACGAGCAAAAGCCAUCGUUGUUUGAGAUCCUCUCCGAGCACGAGUUGAAUGGAUUGAUCCCGCCUUCCCUCCGCUACCUGCUCGCCGUCGCCACGCACCGCAACCCUCGCUAUCUCCUCCGCAUCCUCAACAACUUUGAUGAAAUCUACGCCCUGCUCUCUCUUGUAGUUGAGCGGUAUUAUCUGCGAACGUAUGGAGGUGGCUUCACCGAGAACUUCUACGGCCUCAAACGUGAGCGCGUGCUACGCAUCAAGACCGGCGAGACCCCCCGAGCACGUCUUGGUGCUGCAGGCGAUGUCCGCGAGGUGUUGAAGUUACGAAACAGCGAUGUGUGGAAGAAUCUGGCGAUUAUGGUGGGCAUUCCAUAUAUCCGUCGCAAACUGGAUGAGAGCUACGACAUCCAUGCCGCCGGCGUGAACAUGUUGGGCCCCGCGUAUCGCGCUAGAGAACAAUAUCCAUCGUCGGGAACGUGGAAACAGAAGCUGUUGUGGGUGUACAAGUGGUUCUUGCGGACAUUGUACCCCUCCAUCAAUGCCAUGUACUACUUUUCGCUGCUGGCCUUUAACCUGGCCUACCUCUUCGACGGCACCAAGUACAACUCGCCAUUCCUCUGGAUCAUCGGCAGUCGGGUGAGGAGAUUGAACGCGGCGGAUGGCCGAGCGAUAGCGCUCGCUACGACUCCAAAGCCCGCGCCAGCAUUGAGGCCURGACAGAGCAGUUCGAUUUUCAACCCAAGGACAUUCUCAAGGACAAUGAUGCCACAUGUACAAACCGGCUUGCAAUUGCUGCUUCCUACGAGCAUAUUCGCGUUGAAAUUCCUGGAGUGGUGGCACAACUCCGAUUUCGCGAGACAAUUGGGCAAGAAGGCGAGCGAAGGGUUGGAACUACCUCCCCCAAUCAUUUCUGGAUCACCCCCUGCGGCUGCUCAAACUUCCACAUCCGAGAAGAAGACUGCAAGUUUUGAGAAGGAAGGCAGUGCCCCUCCCAGUCGUCGGGAUUCGGGAUUGGGAGGACCACCCAUCUCCUCUCUCACAUACCUGCCCAUCCUCACUGUUCCUGCUCCUGCAUAUGCGAGCGGAGAGUCGGUCAACACGACAUCGGUGUGUCCGAUAUGUACGGGAGAGAUCAAGACCGCCACGGCCUGCCAGACGGGCUAUGUGUAUUGCUACACUUGCAUCUUCAAGUGGGUUGAGGGCACACAUCCUCGACAGGAGGCCUUUAUGGAAGGRAAUGGAGACGAGGAAGGUGCCCAGGGAUGGGUUGAGGAGGGCGGUGGAAGCCGAGUGGGAAGGUGGGACAGUGGGAUUGGAAGGGAUGCUGUGACCGGGAGGAGAGUGCUGGGUGGAACCAGCGGUUUGAGGCGAGUGAUGGUGUAG